AAAUGUGUUUGAUAUAACCUUGUGUACUGAUGAAUCUUGUGUAAAGAGUAACUACCGUUCCUGUCAUGAAUGUAACCAAAGUGUAAAACUUACACUUAACUUAAAAUAAAAAGGGGAACCUGGGGCUUAAAUCAGGGACCUUUCUACUAGUACCUGAACUAGUACCUGAGCUAUGACUGCUUCUAUAUAAUGAUGUAACUAAAUGUGUGUUCUACAAAUCUAAUGAACUCCAUUGUGUGUGUGUGUGUGUGUGUGUGUGUGUGUGUGUGUGUGUGUGUGUGUGUAGGAUUCAGGUACUAAAUUAAGGUAUGGAUUCAGAAGUUGAGUACCUCAGGGAUCAGGUGAACAGAUUAAAUUUAGCUCUGGCUCGAUACCAGGAGGCGUCACCUACAUCCGCACAGGUUGAAGAUUUGGAAGGGGAUUCAGCAGCACCCUGGAUCAACAACAAAAAUAUAAUGGCUCCUCUGAUAUUAGAGUACGACAGACACUUACAGCAGAUGGAGUCUCAGCUGAAGCGCUACCAGAUGCAGAUGGUGGACUUGAAGGCAAGUCUGGAGCAGGUGGUUCAGGAAAAUGAACGGUUGUAUGCAGAACAGAGAAUCUCUAUAGAGAAACAGUUAGAAUCGCUCUCUGUGGAUGCGGAUGCUGGUGCUGUAGCGGAUACAGUUGCCAUUAGCAAUUUGGAGGAUCAACUGAAAUGUGCAGUGGAGGAGAAGGAGAGGCUGGCACAGAUGUGGGAGGCUGCAGCUCAGGAGAUGGAUCAUCUACAGAAGAGUUACCAGAACAACAUGAGAGACUCCCAAGUACACACUGUACAGCACACACACAUACAGAAUCAAAUGGCAGAGCUGCAACAACUAGCCCAGAAACUUCAGGCAGCCAAUCAGAAUCUGGAAUCAAUGAAUGAGCAGCUGGUGAAGACAGUAGCAGAACAGAACUCUGAACUGGAGGAACUUCGUAAUCAUCUCAGAAAAGCGAAGCAGGAUGUGAGGACGGCUACAGCUAAAGCAGAAGAGAUGAACAGACUCAUGCAGAACGUUGAAGAUCAGAUGCAGCGCAAGGAGGAGGAUGCAGCAAAGGCGUAUGGGAGAGAGGAAGCAUCUGAUCACAGACUGCAACACAUGCAGGCAGUACUGAACCAACUAGAAAGCAGGUUAAAGGCAGCGACUCAGGAGGCAGAAUCAGUAAGAAGGAAAGAGGCAUUAUGGGAGAAGCAGGUUGGAGAGUUACAGAAUCGCUGUGCUUCACUGGAGGAGGAAAAAUACGAAGCCUUUCAGAAACUCAGAGACUCACUACAAUUGGCUGAGGAAGCAACACUGCACCGAGACCAGGCUCAGCUGAGGGAGAAGCAAAAGAUAGAGGAGCUGGAGAGGAUGAAGGAGGUGAUGAAGCAGUGGGUGGAUGAAGCUCCUGCCCGUACCAGGAGAGAGGUGGAGGUGGUGCGUAAACAGUGUAAUUCUCAGAUUCAUCGUCUUACCGAGGAACUGUCUGCUCUACAGCUGGAGUGUGCAGAUAAACAGUUACAGUUGGAGAGAGCUCACAGAGAAAGAAAAGCUGUAGAGGAGGAACUUGAAAAGGUGUACAGACAGGGCAGUUAUGGUGACCCCGAUGUGAGAAAGAUGGAGGCGCUACAUCAGAGAUGUUUAAAUGCUGAGAGGAUGAAAGAAGAACUGGAGCUCACACUCAGCACCACAAACUCCACCAUGAAGCGGAUAAAGCUGGAGUUGAAUGAGGAGCUGUCCCGUUGUCAGGAGGAGGUACGCAGGCUGCAGGUGGCGCUAUCGAAUGCGAGAGCUGAGUGCAACACUAUCAGCGAGGAGCGACUUAGUCUGCAGCAAGAGAACCAUAAACUGCUGAAAGAGACAAAUACUCUCCGUACAGAGUGUUUAUCAGCACAAAGACUAGCUAAACACCAGGUAUCAGUGAUGCAGCAGGAAGUGAGAGCGAGGGAACAGGCCGUAGAGUCUAGAAUUCAAGAGAUGGAAGAAAAAAACAAACUCUCCACAGCUGAACUACAGCGCCGCCUACUGGCUCAGCAACAUGCCACCAAUCGCUACAGGGAGCGAAAUAAACACCUUUUAGACACCUUCAACACCCAACUGUCCUCACUCAGGGAGGAACUGACCAAGCAGAAGCAGCGCUCUCAGGAACUGGAGUUCCAGUUAAAACUAAAACAAACUGAAUUACUGGAGGGAGUCUCCUAAUCACAGAGGAACAAGGAUUUUACUCACGUGAUCAACAGCAGCUUUCUGUAGUCCUGAAGGCAUUAAGUUCACAACCUUCUGACUACUGAUGUGAAACUUCAGGUACCUCCUGAUUCAGUGUGAUCAUGAUUUAGGGAGUCACGCUUUACUUAUGCGCGAUGAUUCACGGUGCUUUUGAUGUAUCUCUAUUCUGUACAUGAUGGACUGUUCUUAAUAGGGCCAAGCAUUAAAACAAUGUGGUUUUGUUAUUGUUCUGCUACUGGCUGAAAUUGUGGCAAGAUCUUAUUAAAAAUGUGAAAACAAAAGCAAUAAAAAAUAAUCAUGUUCAAAGUCAUACACUCACAGAGCACUUCAUUACAUACACAUCUGAUUUGUACAUUAAUUGAUUAUUUUGUAAACUACACCUUUCAUACUAAUAAACCUUGCAGGUAUACAA